ACCCAAACCCAUCGUCUUCCAUUCCUCACCGCACACCAACACCAUCCCCCUCUUCAACAACCGCCGAGACCUCCCCCACCAACACCACCACAACCACAACCACACCGCCGCGAAUGGAGCUCCUCGGCAUGGUGCCCGCGGAGGCCAUUGCGCUGCGCCUCUACUCCCUCCCCGCGGCGGCCGUGGCCGCGGGCUCGCUCUGCGCCUGGCUCGUCGCCGCGCUCGCCGCCGCCGCGGUCGGCCUCUGGCGCAUCCGCGCCGUCAGCGGCGCUUCCAACUCCAAGGCCGCCAUCGCCGCCGGUGUUCGCAGCGCCAGCGCCCUCGUCGACGACGAUAAUCAGGAGCCACAGGCGGCGCCUCUGCCUCCGUCUCGGGCUGCCAUUACUGACGAGCCGCGGCGGCCGGUCGCUCUCGCUACGGCGCCCGAGCCGUCGUCGUCCGUGAGCGAGCCGAGCACCCCAUCGAAGGUUCGGUACACUGCGUACUACGGCGGCUCAGGAGACGACGACGACGAAGGAUUGGUGGACGGCGUCAGGAAAUGCGCGGACGCGGACGACGACGGCGAGGCGGAGGUGGUUCUCAGAAGAACGGUGUCAGAGCCGGCGGGGAGAAGAAGAGCGACGACCUUGGCGGCCACGGCGCCGUGGAAUGAAGAGAGGGAGAUGGCGGUGAGGCGGAGGAGCGACCUGGGUUGGUACUCCCACAUCGACAUGGCAGCGCUGGACGGCAGCGUCGUCAGGCUGUGGGACGGCGACCUGACGGCGUCGCCGAGAGGGCCGCGGAGGAGGGCAGGAUUGGAAUUGCAACUCUCACUGUAAGAGAGGUAGUGUGGUUAAUGCGGGCAUGUAAUGUAUAUGUGGUAGGGACAAUGGGUUGUUAGUAGGAGGAUAUGACGAUUUUGGGCAUAAGAUUGUCAUAAGUUAUAGCCAGGGCAAAGAGCUCUUCUUCAAUCGUGUGCUUGAAUAUGGUAUGGUUCCUCGCUGCUGGUCUGGAAAAGAUUAGACUUACGAGAACACAGUUUAAAGUUUAGCCUCUUUGGAGCA